CUUGGAAAAUCAAAUAGCUCUGUACAAGUUGUACGACAUGCGCUUCUAUAUGGUAAAGGAAGCUUGAUACAUGAUGUAAGAUGUAACAUGAAAAGUGUUUACAUAAAAAAUCAAAAUAAAGUAUUGCAAAAUGGAAGUUUUAAAUGUAUUAAUUGCAAUAGGUCUCAUUCAUUGCUCAUUAUUCUUUUUUGACACAAUUUUUAAGACAUGUUCACAUUAUCCAUACCUAUAUUUUUUGAAAAAUACUGGUUUAGAAGUUCAAAUAUUGCGAAUAAAAUGGUUUACUACAGCAUUUAAUCGUAAAAUAAUUAAAUGGGGCAUGGGUCGCUCUAAAUUUUGGACUGCUUGGUUUAAUGCAGGAGUGAUUAUUAGUGUCAUUAUUUUGCCAAUUGCUAUAAUUAUAAUCUUAAGAAUGACGUUCAAUAUAUGGUCUAAUGGACCAUCUCUUGAUAAUACUAAUUCUGAACCUUUAUUGGAACCCAUGUUACCUGGCAUAGAUAUGCCCUUCAAUGAGAUUGGAUAUUAUAUCAUUACAUUAGCAGUUUGCAGUAUUAUGCAUGAGUUAGGGCAUGCAUUGGCUGCAGCAAGAGAAGAUGUUCAGUUAUUUGGUUUGGGAAUAUUAAUUGCUUUCACAAUACCCAUAGCUUAUGUACAUAUAAGCAGUGAACAACUUAGUUCAUUACCAUUAAAAAAUCAACUAAGAGUUACUUGUGCAGGAAUCUGGCAUAACAUAGUACUUGCUACAAUAGCUGCAACCGUUCUUUUGCUUUCUACAUGGUUCUGGGCACCAUUUUAUGUAAUAGGGAAUGGAAUUUAUGUAAAGACUAUUUUACCUAAUUCACCUGUACUAGGUCCAACAGGACUUCUUGAACAGGAUUUAAUAUAUGAAAUAAAUGACUGUCCUGUAAAAUAUACUGAAGAUUGGUACGAUUGCAUAUUAAAUACAGUUAAUCAACCAGCUCUUGGAUACUGUGUUAAACAAUCAUUUAUUCAGGAAUAUGAUGAGUCCGUUCCAUCAAAACAAAAAACUAAUGGUGCUAUAAACUGUUGUACAUCAGAUAGUGAAGUUACAGGAAGUUUAUGCUUUGAGUACAUUGAAGGACCACAAGCAGCUCCUUUACAUUUACCUCCUCAUUCUUGCCUUCCAGCCAGAACUAUGAUUAAUCAGUCUCAAAAUUUUUGUCAUGCUAGUCAUGAAUGUGUAUUUCAUGAUACUCAUUGUUUAAGACCUUCCCUUGAUAAUGUUACCAAGGUUGUUCAAAUAAAAAGGAGAGAGGGAAAGGAUGUAUUAUUUUUCGGACACCCAGCAGAUAUCUAUCGAACUGUUGAUGUAUCUGAUUGGAUACCUAAAUAUUCAUUCUUAAAUCCUAAAUUACCAGAAGCUUUGACGCUUCUUUGCAAAUAUAUUACAAUAUUUUCUGCAGGAUUAGCAAUUAUUAAUAUUGUGCCUUGUUUCUUUCUGGAUGGACAAUAUAUUAUAAAUAUACUUAUACUUUAUUUAUUAAAUUUUACGCCCCACAAUAAAAAUGUUAGACAAACCAUUAUAUUAACGAUAACAAGUAUAGGUACAUUAUUUCUUACUAUAAAUUUAUUGUAUCUACUUAUGAAUAAAUUAUUAUAAGUAGUAAAAGAAUGUUGUUAAUAUUCGAAAUUUCUAUUUAGAAUACAAAGUACAUUAUUAUGAAUUACAUUUCUAUAUAAGUUUAAUGGCACUUUGUAUCGCUUAUUUAAAUAUCUUAAUAAAUCUUGCAGUCUCGCUUAAAAAAUUAUUUACAUCUUUGGAACAACAGAUUGGACCACAUAGGAAGAUUAUAUUAUAUAUUUCUAUAUUUUUUGGAAAUAAAUUAUUAGUAAAUAUAAUAUGUAAAAAUCUAAGUAGAUUAGAUAGUUAUAUUCAAGUACAAUAUAAAAAUAAAGCUAUUGCUAUGUUCUGAUAUGACAAAAAA